GUUUAUAAUAAGACCUUUAAAAACCAUGACUGCUUAGUCUUUGUGGUCCUGGAUCUGAGAGAUAUCUAAAUGAAUAAGCAUGCGCAGUGGGGUUAUGUCUUCACCACGCGAUAACGUGCAGUUAACUGAGAAAUCCGGAAGCAUUCCAGUCCCUUUAAAUCAGCCUACAGGGUGGACAGUGUGGUGUCGCAUGUGGGAGAGAGCUUCCAGUGCAGUCUGCUGAAAACGGCAACGAAGGCAAAGAGAGCGGAGCAGCCAGUGCAUCCUGUCUCAGCCACAAACCCAAGCCCUCACCUGCAGCACAGAGGAGUCAUCCUGUGAAGCCUGAGCACCGCUUCUCUCCACCCGUUCCUCCAUCCUCUCUGUAAUUAUCCAUCUGCACAGCCGUGGGAAGCCGGCAGGUUGAAGGCCUGAGAAUCAGUGGGACAUGUCGACCCUGCGCUUUGGACAACAUCUCAUCAAGGCCUCGGCCGUGUUCCUGCAGACGGAGCUGUCCUUUGCUCUGGUCAACAGGAAGCCUGUGGUGCCUGGACAUGUGUUGGUGUGCCCUCUGAGACCAGUGGAGCGUUUCCGGGACCUUCAGCCUGACGAGGUGGCAGAUUUAUUCAGCACCACUCAGAAAGUCGCCAGCCUGGUGGAGAAGCACUUCAACGCCUCCUCGCUCACCAUCGCCAUCCAGGACGGCCCUGAAGCCGGACAAACUGUGAAGCAUGUCCACGUCCACGUGCUGCCCAGGAAGGCCGGAGACUUUGAGCGGAAUGACAGUGUCUAUGAUGAGCUGCAGAAGCACGAUCAAGAAGAUGAGGACGUUCCCUCUAAGUGGAGAUCAGAAGAGGAAAUGGCAGCAGAAGCUUCAGACCUGAGGGAGCAGAUGAAGAAGCCUUAGAUGUUGAAUAAAAAGGGUAAAAACAAUCAUAUGACAGGCUGCACAUUAGAGUGAUAGAAACUUGCUGAUUCAGCCUCACAGAGUGAAAUCUCCACCUUGUGAGCUUUUCUUUUCAAAAUAAAAUCCCAUGAUAUGUUUGUUUGAGAUUACAAGUGAAGAUUUUUUUGUUCUGAUGCUAAAUUCACUUUUUCUGCCAUAUUACAAAUAACAUUUUAAACUCAUGUUUUCUUUUAAAUAAAAGAUGUGAAAAUAUUAUUUUAUUUUACAUUGUUUUGAAUCCAAACUCAAAGUUAGUUUUUCAAAACCCUCUGAUGAUAUGACAUGGCAGGUUAACUGGAGGACAACAUGAUGCCUGACAUCAAUAUUGAGCUUUAUCUUCCCUCGUGUGUUCAUCUUGAUUAUUUCCUCUGGUUUUGAAUUUGAUGUUUUUGUUUACCUCAAAUAAACAUGAAGAAAAAG